AAUUUGCCAAGCCUCUCACUGCUCAAUGUAGAUCGGCCAAGAUGUGUGGAUGAGCCUUGCGCUUUUGGCGGUGGCUACGUUGGCAUGGCUCGUUGAGGGUGGCUGCCCCUCCAGAGCCAUCCCGGUUGUCAUCGGCAGCACCACGGUCCCUGUGCGUCUCAUAGAGCUGCAAGAGGGCGAAGCUGUCGAGUUGCCUUGCGGAGACCUGCUGAAGGGCUAUGCUGGAUUGCUGCGGGUGUUUUGCCUCGCCGGGGUCCAAACCACACGGCAUACCUGUGAGCCUAAGAGCUGUCCAGCUGGGCAGCGCGCUCCUGCCAGGAUUGGCGACAGUGCUGAUUUGCUGCCUGCAGAAACUAGAGGACUUGCGCACAAUAAGCAGGAGUCUAUUCCGUGCAGGAUCUUGAAAGAAGGCUACUUGGGCCACGUGCAUCUCAGGUGCUUUUUGGGUGAACUCCGCGCAGAUGCUGCCAGUUGCCAUCCACAACUGGAAGGUGCCCGUUCAGCUUACAGGCUACUAAGCGGAAACUUCUUGCCAGGACUUACUUGGUUACUUGGACUUCUUCAGGUUUGAGCUGCGCUGCCCUCCAAGGAACCUGGCGGGUCUUUGAGCUGUACUUCUACAGCAGUCCAGAUUGUCAGGGAGGUAAGCUUUUUGGUGAGCUCUUUGGCGCAUCCGAGCUAGCUGGCACUUUGGCACUCAGUGCCGACCGGAAUAUUUCAACGUUCUGGAGUGCUUGGUGCCCGAGAGGCUGCACGGAGGACACUGCU